AUGAGUACUGCUUCUGGAAACAAGACAAAUGACCUUGUUAAACUAGAUUUGACAGACACUGACUACCCCUCAGAGGAUGAGACUAGUCAUACCGCUUUGUCUCCUGAAGUUGUAGAAACCCCUUAUUCGGAUUCCGAGCAGGAUGAGGGGGAGAAGGAUGAUGAGGACAUGUGCUCGUACGAAGCUUAUUUGUUUCGAUGGGCAGAUGAAACCAAGGAACUCAUGACUGCUUAUGUGACAAAUCCAAGUGAAAAGACCAAAGGAGACUAUGUGGACUGGGUAAGAGCUUGUGUCCUUUGGCCAGUGAUAAAGCCAGAUGAUUUGGAUGAGUUUCUAUACGAUGCACAAGGGUUUUUGGAGGCAACUUGUACGAAGAAAGAGGAUCUCGCCCACUUGUUCAAUCAACUCGAUGCUCUGCAAGAACAAGAGCAGUCAGUGGGGGAGCAGCUUCCAGUCGAGGAUGAAGCCUCACAGCCCACAGUAGCAUUGUUAAGGGAUAGUCAAAUUGAAAACCUACCUCGAGGCAUGACCGAGGAACAGGACCCGGAUUAUGUUUGGAUCGACAUUCCUGAUGAUAAUGAGGAUGCUGAGGAGAAGGGAGGGGAAGUUCCGUCUGUUACGGGGUAA